AUGUGGAUCAUGUUGAGGACAUUGCUACUGCGGGUCAAGACACGGAGCCGAAAAGCCGCCUCGGGCUCAAGAAUAGCAUACGUGGUGGAGCAGGUCAAGGCCGGAUUCAAACUGGUCCCGAUCGUCCUCGACGAGGUCCGACCAGAUGAAGUGCUGGUUGAAAUGAAGUACAGCGGCGUCUGUCACACGGAUGUCGUGAUGCAGCAAGGCGGCCUUCCGUUCGUCGACUUCCCCGCCAUUUUCGGCCACGAGGGCGCCGGCAUCGUCCGCGACAUUGGUCGAGACGUCAAGAUCGAGGAUCUCCAGGUCGGAGACGCCGUCCUCCUGUCUUUCAACAGUUGUGGGACGUGCAAGACCUGCGAGAGCGGGCACUGCGCGUGGUGUCCGGACUCUACAACGAUCAACGUCAACUCGGUGCGCACCGGCGACCGCAGCACCCCGGCCCGUCUCGCCUCCGACGGUCGCGCCGUCCGGAGCCAGUUCUUCGGCCAGUCGUCCUUUAGCAGGAUGUCCGUCGUCAACGAGAAGUCGGUCGUUCGGUGUCCCCCUUCGGCCGUCGAGCACAUUGGCGUCUACGCCCCGCUCGGGUGCGGACUCCAGACCGGCGCCGGAACCGUUCUGAACGUCGUCAAGCCGGGAAAGGAGGAUUCCAUCGUCAUUUUCGGUCUCGGCAGCGUGGGUCUGGCGGCGCUGAUGGCGGCUCGCUACCUCGAAACCGGCCAGAUCGUGGCCAUCGACAUCGUCCCAGAACGUCUGGAACUCGCGAGGGAAUUGGGAGCGACGCAUACCAUCGACUCCAGAAACAGUCUCAACGUGGUACAGGAUAUCAAAGAUGUUACCGGGGGGGGCCCGACGUUUGCCAUGGACUGCACUGGCGUCCUCAGAGUCAUCGAAGACAUGAUUGCGUGCGUUGGCCCGCUGGGCACCGCCGUUCAGGUCGGCGUCCCGCCGCCGGGUGUUGAGAUCAAACUAGACCCGCAAGCAUUCUUGUUAGCCAACAAGAAAUACAUCGGCGUGAUCGAAGGGGACUCGAACCCUUCCGAUUUCAUCCCGAGGCUCAUUGCCAUGCACCAAGACGGCAAAUUUCCCAUCGACAGGCUGGCCAGGUUCUAUCCAGCCGCAGAACUGAAUCAAGCCAUGCGAGACAUGGCUUCGGGCAAGGCUAUCAAGCCCGUUAUUCAAUGGAGCUAG